AUGCAAUUGCCAUCUCCCACACCAUCCGCACCAACCACUGCAACUCCAGAUCACCAUCUAACUCACUGGGGAUUUCCCUUGGGCAAAGAUCAAGUAACAUUCAUUGAUCAUGAUUGUAUUAUUGACACCGAGGGCUACCCACUUUAUCCCAACAACAACACCAUAUUUGUACUACAACCUGGCACCGAGAUCACCAACUUUGGCACAGUAGGAUUUUCAAAGACCACCUCUUCUGAAAUUUCAAAGGACCGACGCUGGAAAAUAUCCCGCGCGCACUGCCUUGGGGUUAUUGUCUGUGAUUGCAAAGGUUGUGAGUACGCUGGACCCACCCCUACAGGCCAAGGGAAGAUUGAGGAGCUCAUCCGCAUGCCAUGCUGCCCAGCUGCCGACUGCACAGGGAAGAUCUACUGGAAGGAAUGUCGGAAUACCCAAACUAGGUUUGAUCACGAAGUCAGUACUGGCUGGAGGCUGAUGCGGCACCAAGGAUUUCAUGACCACCCAUGGCCAACCUCAAAGAAACCCGACCGUCUAGCCAGGAAACUGCUCGCCUUGGAAGUGGCCAAAAAUCCAAAGGCUGGGGCUCUACAACUCAAGGUUGGAAACCCUGAUAAAUCUCAUGAACCCGACAAUGGGAUUGCCAGUAUACAUGGCUUGCUGGUAAAUUCGGAUCGACUCCGGCACCUUCGACGACAGAUCCUUUGUGAUUUAAACCUCGCCCCCAGUAAAGAUGGAGAUGGAGCAGGUGAUAGAUUCAUGCAUGACAUGUUCACAUGGGACGAGUUGAGUCAAAGCAAAAGUACUCCAUCCCUUUUGUCAGCGGUAUCAACUAACCACCAGAAAUACUUGAGAAAGACGUGGCUUGGCAGUCAUUUCAAGUUCGUUUAG